CACGUUCAACAGUACGGGGAUCUGACUAUAGCACAGUUACCUGCCUCACAAUUUUUAGGGUCUAAAAAAUCAGUUAUACCUCUAAGUAUACCCAACCCGACUAAGGUUACCAGUGAUAGUAAGGUUAGCAAUCGUGAUGUACCACUGGUGUUGGCCAGGGGUCAGGAUUGGGUAAACUUGGUGUACGGUAGGCAGUGGUUGGACAACCAUAUGAACGCAUACGUGAAUAGUAUUCAGCAUUUAUUUAGCGGACAAUCCGUGGAUGUGUUGAACACUAGACUAGAGCUCAACGACAGACAAUGUUAUCAUAGGUUUGUCGAUACCUUCAAUGAUAAGUGUAUGAACAUCGGACAGAAUUCAUAUGCCCUGGGCAAACUAUACAUGACACCCAAAUAUUAUAUCAAUGCCAUAAAC